UAAGAGCAUUACAUGAACUGGUGUAAGCUAGUGGACUAUACAAAACUAUAAACUGGUAGCCGGUUGAGGAAGUGACUCAUGGGGGUCUUCAAGUCAAUUUUCCUGUAUAUAACCCAGACUGAGUCACAACAAUUUUUCUUUUUAAUUUUUCAGACCAGAUUUCCGGUUAUCUAUGAACAGCUGUACUUGCACUUUAGGAAAACCUCUCUUCUUUUUCUAAAUCAUCGCAAAAUGUCAAAAACAGUGUACAUCAUUGAUGUGGAAAGUGGUAACUUGCAAUCCCUUUCCAAUGCUAUCAAGCGUAUUGGUAACUACGACAUAAAAUUCAUCCACAAUGCUGAAGAAUUUAAACAGUACGAUUCCCAAAUUGAAAAGUUAUUAUUCCCAGGGGUGGGAAACUAUGGCCAUUUCGUCAAAGAAAUCCAUGCCCGUAGUUUGACAGAUCCAAUUAAUGCUUAUAUCAAAAGUGGCCGAUCACUUAUGGGAAUUUGUGUUGGAUUGCAAGCAUUUUUCAAGAGUUCAGAAGAAAGCCCUGAAGCCGAGUUUGAAGGGUUAGGAUAUUUGGAUUUCUCGUUGACUAAAUUUAAUGUUGAAGAUCCAGUAUUUAAAGCUCGUGGUAUGAAGAAAAGUGUCCCACAUAUUGGUUGGAAUCAUGUUUCUGAAAUCACUGUUGGUGGUGAACCUAUUGCUAAAGAUACUUCAUUAUAUGGCAUCAACUCUGUUAACAAGUACUAUUUCGUUCAUUCAUAUGGUGCUAUAUUGACACCAGAAUUAAAGGCUGGUGUAGUUAACAAGUAUGGAAAAGAGCAAGGUUGGGACUUUGCCUUUGCCAGAUAUGGAUCUGAAGAGUUCUUAGCCGCUAUUAAAUAUAAGAAUUUCUUUGCUACUCAAUUCCAUCCUGAAAAAUCUGGUAUUGCUGGAUUAAAAGUCAUCAAGAACUUCCUUGAAGGUAACCAGUUCCCAACUAUUCAAACUGCUGAUAUAGAAACCCAUGAUAAUACUGAAGUUACUUUAAGUGGAUUAUCAAGAAGAAUCAUUGCCUGUUUAGAUGUUAGAAGUAAUGAUGAUGGAGAUUUGGUUGUCACAAAAGGUGACCAAUAUAAUGUUCGUGAAGAAACGGAUGGUGGAGAAUCUAAAGUUAGAAACUUGGGUAAACCAGUUGAGUUGGCUACUAGAUACUAUAACCAAGGAGCUGAUGAAGUUACCUUUUUAAACAUCACUUCAUUCCGUAACUCUCCUUUAAAGGAUUUGCCAAUGUUGCAAGUGUUAUCAAAAGCUGCAGAAACCAUUUUCGUUCCUUUAACUGUAGGUGGAGGAAUUAAAGACAUGAUUGAUCCUGAAACUGGAGCAACUGUUCCUGCUGUUAAGGUUGCUGAUUUAUAUUUCCGUUCUGGUGCUGAUAAAGUUAGUAUUGGUUCAGAUGCUGUUGUUAUUGCUGAAAAUUAUUAUGCCAACAAUAAGCAGAAAACUGGUACAACCUCAAUUGAAUCUAUUUCUGCUACAUUUGGUAACCAAGCGGUGGUUAUUUCUGUAGAUCCAAAGAGGAAAUAUGUUGCUUCACCAAGUGAAACAACCAUGUCCACAAUUAAGAUUGAAGACCCAGCAAGAUACGGUCCAAAUGGUGAACAAUAUUGUUAUUACCAAGUUACAUCACAAGGUGGUAGAAAAGUUCAUGAAUUAGGAGCAUUAGAAUUGUGUUUGGCAUGUGAAGACUUAGGUGCUGGUGAAAUCCUCUUGAACUCAAUUGACCAUGAUGGUUCAAACCAAGGGUACAAUUUGGAAUUGUUGCAACAAAUCAAGCGCAAUGUUUCAAUUCCAGUGAUUGCUAGUUCUGGUGCUGGUGUUCCGAAGCACUUCCAAGAAGUUUUCGAAUUAGAUUGUGGUAUUGAUGCUGCUUUAGGUGCUGGUUUGUUCCACCGCGGUGAAUAUACUGUCAAUGACGUUAAAAGAUAUUUGCAACAAGAAGCAAAUAUGGAUGUAAGGUUGGAUGAUAACGUAGAAUUAUAGAUUAUCAUAUUGCUGUAAAUACAUAUAUAACACUUUGCAUGUGCUUACUACCUAUUAGCGUUAGGCAUUCGCACUUUGUGUGGUAAAAAGCCCGUCUAUAAAAAAUUCUUGUCUCAAAAUUUUUUGGUUGUAAAUCUGAAUGUCUACAUGCCAAGGUGUCAAACAUAACAGAAAUAUGAAGUCUAAAGAAAUAUGAAUGGCCCUGUAGAUAUAAUAAAACUGCCAUCAAUGACAUAUCUCGCCGACAAGAGUGACAUGGAAGAAGAGAGCUGUUUUAUCAAAAAGUUACUUCAUUUGAACAAGUCUGCCGACGACGAUAUAUCUUCAUUAGAACUGAAUUCUUCUACGGCCAGGUCAGUUGCUUCGUCUAUAACGAGAAAGUUGCAACGGUCCCCCUUUAUAAUACAUCCUUCCAUCGCAACAGAUGUGCUAGAUCUGUUGGAAGAUGAGAUUGAACUUCAUCCCGACCUUUCUAAAUCCAUUGGUCAUAUAAAAAUUCCACCUUCUUUUGUAAAAGAAGGCUUGCCAUUGUUGAAAGUUUCACACAAGUCGAAGAAACGAGUGUUGUUCUAUAUUGAUCCUGCCAACUUUAAAUUCAAUUGGAGAGUUGUGAGCAAUUCCUCGGCUCCUUCACAGACUCACCGUUUGUCCAUAACUGGAAGCUCUUCAAGGAUAUAUGAGUUCACGCUUGAUGAUAUCAAGUCGGUCUAUAUGGGAGUAGAAGCCAGUAGUUAUCGAGAAGAGUUCAAUAUUUCCAAAGAAUUUGAAGAAAAAUGGAUAACUAUUAUUUACUUCAACCAAAAGAAGAAGAAUUUGAAGACUCUUCAUUUAAUAGCUGACACAAACCAUGAUUUCAAAAAGUUGAGUGUGAUCUUACAAAGUUUGCGUAAUUUACGUGAUCAGUUGGCUAAGCAGUUUUUGAUUGAUUUCGAUGAUCUUGAUAGUACACAAAAAAAGUUAAUCUUGGAUAAGGCUCUAGUUCAACCCGAUGAAACAGGCGAAGUUAAACAGGUUCGGGAAUUCCUUUCAUUUAAUGAUAUUUUGAAGUAUACCAAGCGGUUAAACAUCAAUGUCAAUAGAAAACAUUUAGAGUCGAUAUUCAAUGAGGUUUCUAAGCAAGAAAAUGAUGGGGGGUGUAAUUAUGAACAAGGUUUGAAUUUUGAACAAUUUAAAAUGUUUGUUUCCAAAUUGAAGAAACGGGAUGAUAUCAUUGAUAUAUGGAACAAUAUUUGCGGUGAUGGAGAAGUGAUGGAUUUUCAAUGCUUUGCCAAAUUCGUCACUAAGAUUCAAGGAGAAUCUUAUAGUGAGGAAAUCAUGAGGAAAAUAUUUAAUUUAUUUGCAAUUAAGAACGAAUAUUGGCUGCAGGAAAGUUUAAACAAUUUCUUAUUGUCCAAAUUUUCUAAACCAAUUCAUAACAUUGAGACAAGAGACUAUUUUGAUCAUCCUUUAACUGACUACUAUAUUUCAUCUUCACAUAAUACAUAUUUGAUUGGACGUCAAGUUGCUGGAGAUUCCUCGGUUGAAGGCUAUAUAAGAGCUUUGCAACGAGGAUGUAGAUCCAUAGAAAUUGAUGUUUGGGAUGGUCCGAAUAGUGAUAAUAACGACUUGUCUUCUUCAUUGGAAUCAGAGCCUAUAGUAAACCAUGGGAGAACAUUCACCACCUCGAUUAAAUUUGAUAAUGUGAUUAGAACUAUCAAGAAAUUUGCAUUUAUUACUACACCGUUGCCACUAAUACUAAGUUUAGAAAUUAAUUGCUCGGCUUCAAAUCAAUUAAAAGUUGUUAAUAUAUUAAAAGAAAUUCUUGGUAACAGCAUGGUUCUUGCACCGAUUGACGACACGAGCACUAUACCCUCCCCGGCCCAAUUAAAGCACAAGUUUCUCAUUAAGCUGAAAAAGACCAGUGCAUUUCAUAAUUUGGUAGCUAUGGAAGAUGGAAGUUAUACUACUUCCACCACAACCUCAUUCAGUGAAGACGGAAGUACGGCAAGUACCAAACUGAAUUCGUUUAUUAUUCGUAGAAAACAAUCUACUAAGAUAAUUGAAGAAUUAAGUGCAUUGGGAGUAUACAUUCAAGGAAUCAAGUAUAAGAAUUUCUCAUUGCCUGAAUCGAAAACAUUCAAUCAUUGCUUUUCAUUGAAUGAGAAAUCUAUUAAUGUCAUGAUUAAGGAUGAAGACAAGAAAAUUGCUCUUGAUAAACAUAAUCGGAAAUAUUUCAUGAGAGUAUAUCCGGCUAAAAUGAGGUUGAAAUCCACUAAUUUUAUUCCCUUGAGUUAUUGGGAACAUGGGGUUCAAAUGGUUGCUACAAAUUGGCAAACUUACGAUUUGGGACAACAGCUAAAUGAAGCUCUAUUUGAAGGUGUUGAUAAAAAAGGAUAUGUAUUGAAACCGCCAGCAUUGCGAGCACCACAAUUGAGGUCGUCAAAACGGUUGCGUCUAUUCAAGCAACCGCCUCCCAAGAGAAUCAAGUUCCUGGUUGAUAUAAUUAGUGCUCAUCAACUUCCUAAACCUAAAGAAGAUGAUAUUAUAAAUCCAUUCAUAACGUUUGAAAUCAUAGGGGCAAAUUCCAUCCAAUGGGAUUCCCCGGAAAUGGAAAGCGGUAAAACGAGAAUAAUUGUUGAAAAUGGGUUUAAUCCGAUUUGGAAUGCCAAAUUUAGUGGAGAAUUAACUUGUUCCUAUAAUGAAUUUGUAUUUUUAAAAUUCACAAUUAAUAGUUCAUCAUGGGGAGCUGAAGAAUCUGAGGUGUCACCCAUUGGUAUAUUAGUAGCUCGGAUGAGCUACAUGAAACCAGGAUAUAGGUAUCUCCCUAUCAAUGAUGUAUUUGGAGAACAACUAGUUUAUUCUUCAUUAUUCGUUAAGAUUGGAUAUAGUGAAUAAAUUAUAUAGAGCAAGCCGCAUUUCCUAAUUUGGAAGCGCGAAGAGAUGAUUAAUUUUUUUUUUU